AUGCGCUGGCUCCUAGGGGAGCCGGGCGGCCGUCUGCUCCUCUGCCUCCCACGCCCUCCCUGCACCCAGCAAGCUGCACAUGCUGGACAAACGUCCCCGUCUCUGGACAUCUCAGCCUCUCCCGCUCUCCCCGAGGCACCACAAGGGCCAUUCCUUCGAAGACCCGCCUACACCCCCGUUCCCAGUCUUGCCGCGUUUGCGUUUUCAGCGACUCCGCGGAGCGCAGACUGCAGGCUGGAUGGGACCAUGGAGGGUGGGCACCACCCCCCACGCCCCGACCUGAGGCUGCACUUCACGCUUCUCCCAGCAGAGGGCGGCCGAGCCCCGGCCCUGCCGCCGCCGCCGCCGCCGCACGUCGAGGUCUGCGGGCGCGGGGACCAGCCGCGUGGACAGCUCGGCGCCGUCGGGGGCCCGGCCCGCGCAGGGUGGGGCGGCGGAGCUGAGACCCUCAUCUCCGGACACGGUGACCAGGGCUUGGGCUCGUUCUACCUGGGCGGCGGGCACCAGCCCACCUCGUGUCCCUGGGCCUCCCUCGCUUGCUCAGUCCCCAAUCGCUGCUUCCUCCUCCCCUUCUGCCUCCACUCCCGACCGUGGGCCAUCGGGGCUCCGGGACCCAGGCGGCCCGGCUCAGACCCGCGUCCUAGAUGCAAGGCCAGAGUCACGUGGUCACACGCCUCUCCACCCGCACCCCAUCCCCACCCCACGCAGCCUAAAGUCCCCGAAGGCAUGUUCCUCAAAGUCGUGUAA